AUGGCGACGCUGCGACUUCUGAUGCGCAGCACAUCGGCGCGACCGGUGCUCCCCUCAAAAGCUCAACAGCACCCCUACCGUCGACUCCAAGCCAUUUCUGCCGCCCACCGUGCCUUUACUGCGAGCAGUUACCUCCGGGAGGGUCGUGACAAGAGCAAGGCUGAGGGCGAGUCCAAGUCACUCUUGGAUGUCGUCGAGGAGGGCGCCAAUGAGGGCACCAAGGGAGAGGACAAGAGUGCCGCCAGCACGACGUCAAGCGCUACCGCCGGCAAACCUUCCGUGACCUCCAAGAUCCACAGAUCCAGCGACUCGGGCCCGUCUGCCAUCUCGUCGUUCAACGACACCGACGAGGACUGGGAGGCCAACCCUAACUGGAACAUCAAGAACUUCAAGGAGCUUCCGCACAAGAACUUUGGCGUCAACCAGCACAUCAUCAUCAAUGCCGAGUUCAAGGAGGCCUUGCGCCAGAUCCCCUGGCAGUUCCGCGCCCCCGUCCGCUACUGCUUCGCGUACGGCUCCGGCGUCUUCCCGCAGAGCAAGCCUGACGGCCAUGUUGCCUCGGCCGAGGAGAUCGCACGCGUCCACCCCAAGGCGCCCCCUGCGGUUCAGAAGGCCCAGGAUGGCACUCCAAAGAUGAUCGAUUUCAUAUUCGGCGUGACCUUCACCCAGCAUUGGCACAGCUUGAACAUGAACCAGCACCGCGAUCACUACAGCGGGCUGGCUAGCUUGGGCUCUGGUGCCGUGUCGUAUGUGCAGGACAAGAUGGGCGCAGGCGUGUACUUCAACACGCACGUCGUGGUCAACGGCAUCCUCAUUAAGUAUGGCGUGGUCAACAUCGAUGCCCUGUGCCAUGACCUGACCGAGUGGGACACACUGUACCUGGCCGGCCGACUGCACAAGCCCGUCAAGAUCCUGCGCGACGAUGCCCGCGUGCGCCUCGCCAACCAGAUCAACCUCCUCUCGGCGCUGCGCACCGCCCUCCUGCUGCUCCCGGAUCGCUUCACGGAGCUGGAGUUGUACAACACCAUCGCGGGCAUCAGCUACCUCGGAGACCCGCGAAUGACGCUGCCCACUGAGAACCCGCAGAAAGUCAGCAAUAUCGUCGGCAACAACCUGCCCAACUUCCGGCGCCUGUACACCCCUCUGAUCGAGAAUCUGUCCAACGUCGAGUUUGACGAUCCGCGCUGUACCGAGCCCCACUGGGAGUGGGAUGAGGAUGCGAAUCUGAAGCUCCAGCAGGACAUGAACCCCAUCAAGCGCGGCAACAUGGUCCGUAGACUCCCCAAGUCGUUCCGCUCGCGGCUGUACUUUCAGUACCAGAAGAAGUUCGCGAUCCCGCAGCUCGAGUUCGACGAGAUGAUGGCUGCCGACGCGUCCUCGUCGGCCAAGAAGCGGCUGGCCGGCGGUGGGUUUGAGACGAGGAUCGCGCAGGACGACCCUGCGGAGCUGAGAAAGAAUGUCCGGCGCGUCAUCAAGCAGACGAUCGGGUGGCCAAGCACUACGCAGAGCCUCAAGGGUCUACUUACAGGCGGUGUGACAAAGAGCUUUGGGUACGUGUGGGAGAAGAUUGAGAAGUACCGCGCCGGCCAGAAGAAGCCAGCACCGGCGACGACUAAGGACGCGGGCGAGAAGAAGGAUGCCGACGAAGCGAAGACGACCAGCUCUGAUCCCAAGGCUGACAAGACGGAGAAGAAGGAGUGA